AAAAACUACGUAAUCAAUUAUGUCCAAAAUUAAAUAAAUCAGAAUUAGGUCAUUAUCAUGGUCACCUAAACCACAUAAAGUAAAUUUAUGUCAAUCAAUAUAUUAAUAUAUUAAUAUUUAUUCUUUUUCUUUUCUUACAGCCUGAAACACCAUUGCGACCUAUAGUGGCAUGUAUCCAUGCACCUGCAACACCGGCAUCGAAAUUAUUGAAUGAUCUUUUAGCACCAAUAUUUAUAACUGUUAAUCGUAAAUAUACAUUUAUUAAUGAUAUCGAUGUUAUUCGACAACUAGAAAAAUACGCUACAGAUGGUUAUCUUACAUCAACAACAAAAUUUAUUACUAUCGAUGUUGAAAAUCUUUAUACAAUGAUACCACGAGAAGGCGCAUUAGCAUCAUUGGCUCUAUUUUGUAUUAAAUAUUCUCUCCAUGGCAAAAUUGGCACAUUUACAAUUGAUCAUAUUAUGAAAGUGGCUCGUUUAAUUUUGGAUACUAACUGUUUUGCUUAUAACAAUAAAUAUUAUAAACAAAUUCGUGGUGGAGCUAUGGGUUCAGCAUUUACACAAGUAUUAGCAAAUAUAUAUAUAUAUAUUAAUGAUAUCUUUAUGACAACAAAUAAAACCAUUGAUGAAAUUCAUUUUGAACUUGAAAAAGCAAAAAACAAAGAUAUCAAUAUUAAAAUUGAACCCAAAAUAAGUACAUCUGUUCAUUUUCUCGAUGUAACUAUUACAAAUGAUAAUGGUCAAUUAAGAACAUCUAUUUUCCAUAAACCAACUGCUGAACCUUGUAUUUUACCAUAUACCUCAGAUCAUCCCCGUCAUAUACAUCGAAAUAUUCCAUAUGCAGCAUUACUACGUGCAGCUCGCAUCUGUUCACAUGUCAAUGAUUUCAAUUCAGAAUGUACUCGUAUUGAUAUAUCCUUAUUAUUAAAUAGCUAUCCACCGCAUUUUAUUACUCAACACUUCAACCGAUUUUUUCAUCUAAAUAAUGCAAUGCCUGUAUUCAAUCACUUAAAUGAACACCUCUAUUCCCGUUUACAUCAAAAUUUAUUAUAUCAACCGACACGUCGUGACAAACAACUUCAAAUCAUGACACAAGAUCCAAUUAGAACACCAGUCGUAUUACAAGAAAAGAUAUGGAAUCGAAAAUUGAUGUUUCCACGUUAUUUAUUCGAUACUGGACUGACAAUCAACUUUCGAAAAGAAUUCAGCAAAUGGUGGAAAGCUUUCUAUGCAUUCCCAGGAUCACCAGUUGAACAAGUUAAAGUACGAUUAAUCGCUAAUACCAAUCGUACCCUUGAAAAUAUGUUCAUACAUAAAAAACUUCCACGAGAAAUGUUAACCAAAAUGGAAGCACGAUGA